UUGAGGAGUUUCUUUUAAGGACUUGCCAUUCCAGCAUUACUUUUAUUGGAUUACACUUCUUUGGACUGUAUAUACACCAGUGGACACUUUUACUUGGAGCUUACAGCACGCUGGAUUUCUUAAGGACUGUUUUAAUGCUUGUAAAAAUGGAGCCUUUGCCUGCAGCAAACACACAGUUCUCUCUAAACCUGUUCAAGAAGAUCAGUGGAAAUAAUGCAUCAGGAAAUGUGUUUUACUCUCCUCUUAGCAUCUCCUCGGCUCUGGCCAUGGUGUCGCUCGGGGCAAAAGGAAAUACAGCGGCGCAGAUGUUUAAGGUCCUGUGUUUUACCAAUCCUCCCAAACCUGCUGUUGGUGCGACUUCAGCAUCUUAUCAACAAGCCCAGAAGCCCCAGAUAACGUGUGGCGUCAAGGGUCAGCAUGGACCAUCAAUGAUGCAACAAACCCAGAAAUUUGAGCUACCUUCUGAACUCAAGAAACAAGCUCAGUCGGCACCUGGACAAAUGACUGAGGAGCAAAUUCAUUGCAGCUUCAAAAAGCUCAUGAGUGAACUGAACAAACCAGGAGUUCCGUAUGCGUUGAGUCUUGCCAACCGCCUCUACGGGGAGCAAUCCUACCAGUUUGUCGAGAAAUUCCUGAAUGAUGCAAAAAGAUACUAUGAAGCUGGACUGGAGAAGGUGGACUUCAUAAAGAAAUCAGACGCUGCACGUGUCGACAUCAACAAAUGGGUGGAGAAAAAAACUCAAGAAAAGAUCAAGGACUUGCUCCCGAAUGGAUCUAUCGAUGCGAUGACGAGACUGGUCUUGGUGAACGCCAUCUACUUCAAGGGGAACUGGAAGGAGAAAUUCCCAAAAGAAGCCACCACAGAUGGACAGUUUAAGCUGAACAAGACUCAAUCUAAACCAGUGAAGAUGAUGAAUCAAACGGCAGAGUUUCCUUUUGCCUCCAUUCCAGAGAUGAACAGUCAGGUUCUGGAGCUGCCGUAUGUUGGGAAGAAUCUCAGUAUGUUGAUCAUCCUUCCUAAUGAGAUUCAAGACACAACCACUGGCCUUCAGAAGCUUGAAAAGGCACUGACCUACGAGAAGCUCAUGGAGUGGACGAGACCUGAAAUCAUGCAUCAACAAGAAGUUCAAGUGUCUCUGCCCAGGUUCAAGAUGGAGCAAACCUAUGACAUGAAGGAUCUUCUGAUCAGCAUGGGAAUGGAGGAUGUUUUUGACCUGCAGAAGGUGAAUCUUUCAGGCAUGUCACCCAACAACAACCUAGUGGUGUCGAAGGUGAUUCACAAAGCCUUUGUUGAAGUAAACGAGGAAGGAACCGAAGCGGCUGCGGCCACCGGCAUUACUGUGAUGCUAAUGUGUCUGAAGAUCCCACAGGUCUUUAACGCAGACCAUCCAUUCCUCUUCUUCAUCCGACACAAUCCAACCAAGAGCAUUCUGUUUCAUGGACGCUUCUGUUCUCCAUGAGAAAGUCAUGUUGUAUGAGACCCUUUGCAGCUUUGCAGCUUGUUUAGUUGGUUAUCUGGUUAGAAUAAGUGGUUGAGACAAGGGACAACUACUACAAAAUGAAAUAGUUAAUAAUUAAACAAAAGAUUUACAUUCAAGAACAGACGUUUUUCUCAUCUUGAGAGAAGACUUUAACAUGCACAUUAUAAAUGUUUUGACUCUUGAUGUGCUUAUAAUUGAAGAUAUUUACUGCAUCACAGUUGUCCUGGUCUCAUCUAUUGUUGAUAAUUCAGUGGUUGUGCUGCACAGGUCUCUGCAUGUCAUAUGUAAUCAAAUGCAUCAUAAUCACUAAGCACUUGUGUUGUUUCCUUCACUAAAUGAGGCUUAACUGAGUCAAAUAAUAUGUAUGCCAAAGAUAUAUAACAAUUAAACCUCUUUUAUUCAAAUUUUCUAAUGUUAUUUAAUAGAAACAGCUGUUACAGGCAUGGUGUAAGAAACUCAAAUAAAACUUUCUGAUAGCUGUAGUUAAAAAAAAAAAUGUAAUCAGGGUAUGUUAUCUUUUACAUUUGUACCAUUUCAGCAGUAUUUUUUCUUAAUACUUAAUGGGUUGGUACUUCUGCAGCGAUGUAGGACGACUUUGAGGUUGGAGGAGAAAAUGAAAUGGGAGUUUUUAGAUGUACGAGGAGAAAUCCUGAAAUGUUUUCCUCCAAAAACAUCAUUACGACUGAAGAAAGACAUGAAUAUCUUGGAUUAG